AUGUCGAUGCCAUGCACAAACAUGUUCAACACAGAGCAGCAGCAAAGUCUUUGGACUAGUUCCUCUGUAGACCCAAGAAUCUCCUUCUCCAAUGACUUUGCAGACAUUCAGCAGCCAACCAAGCAUGAAAACAUCUACAGAGAAGCUCCAGUUUCCUCAGAAUUCGAAUUCUGUGCAGAAAACUACACCAUGAUAUCUGCAGAUGAGGUGUUCUUUCAGGGCAUGCUGUUGCCUGUAAAGAAUGGUUGCAGCACCAACCAGCAAAGAAAGAUGACUCUAAGAGAUGAAUUGCUCUCUGUUGAUGAUGAUUAUGAGGAGGUGUUUCCAAGGAAGAAUUCAAGCCGGUGGAGAGAGCGGCUGGGCCUCAAAAAGGGUAAAAAAUAUGAUAAAAGUGAUCAUCAUCAUCAUCAUGAGGUGCUGGAAACUGUAGUCGAAGAGAAGAUGCCUUCAUUGGUUCAUGAGGAGCUCUUUGUUAGCAAGAAAACACAGGAACUAGUUUUUGAGGCCAUGAAGGAGGGUUAA